GACCAACAGCACUUCAGCUGUUGACACAGUCCAGCUUCUAGAUUUUACUCCGGGAUUCACAGUGGACUCAGCAUAAAUCAUGGGGAUAGUAACACGGAGAGUUUCGUCCUUGCAGAACGGAACCUGUGCGGACAUUUUUCCUCAGCCCUGACCUGCCGAUGGCCCGUGCUCUGACCCUGCUCCGGCCUCGGCCCUUCCUGGCUCUCAUUGGCAGGAGAAAGCCCUCGCUCUGCGAAAUGUCGUUGGACUCUCGGGCACGGCUCGUGUUUGCCGCUGCGCUGGAGGCCGUGCAGCCGGACACGGUGGUCCGGCAGAGCAUAGAACGAAAGCAGGACACCAUCACUAUUGAUGGCCACAAUUACACACUCAAACAGAACCUGCACUUGGUGGGCUUUGGAAAAGCUGUCCUGGGAAUGGCUGCAGAGGUAGAGAGGAUACUGGGAGAUCACUUAGUGAGAGGAGUCAUCAGCGUGCCAAACGGGAUUCAGCAGACAUUACGGCAGCAUGGGAAAGACCAUCUGUUGCUGAAAGAAAACAGCUGCAUCAAAGUAAUGGAGGGAGCUAAAAACAAUUUGCCUGACCAUGAUGCUCAGCGGGCAGCAGACACCAUCAAGCAGUUGGCCAGCGAACUGACGAAGGACGACCUGCUGCUCGUGCUGAUUUCAGGUGGGGGGUCUGCUCUGUUACCUGCACCCAUCCCUCCAAUCUCAUUAGAAGAGAAAGUAGAUGUGACUCGCAGGCUUGCAGCUGCUGGUGCCACGAUUCAAGAGCUGAACACUGUGCGCCGCGCCCUGUCUUCCUUGAAAGGUGGAGGGCUUGCUCAUUGUGCGAACCCGGCUCAGGUCGUCGCCCUGAUUCUGUCUGAUGUGAUUGGAGACCCACUCGACCUGAUUGCCAGCGGCCCCACGGUGAAGACGGAGGUGUGGGCGGAAGAAAUCAUGUCUCUUCUGGAACAGUACAAUCUGUCGAACUCUCUCCCCGAGUCGGUGAACGAAGUUCUUGGGAGAUCUGGUCCCAGGUGGAAAGAGAACAAAGACCAAGCUCCCACUGCCGACGCUCUCAACGUAGUGAUCGGCUCUAACUGCGUCGCUCUGAAGUGCGCCGGCCGCCGCGCUCGGGAGCUGGGCUUCCGGCCCGUGGUGCUGUCCCCGGGGGUGUGUGGCGACGUGAGGCUGGUCUCCAAGCUGUACGGCCUGCUGGCUCGCUUUGCCAGCUCUCGGGACGAACCCCCUCCCGAGAUCGCGGCGGAGCUGCUGCGGCUGGGGCCGGACGUGGGCGUGGAGAGCUGGGAUCUGUGCCGCACCAUGCAGGUGCUGGACGAAGCGCGCGCGGAGGGGUGGGGCGCCACGUGCCUGCUGGCCGGGGGCGAGCCCACCGUCGAGCUGACGGGUAAAGGUAAAGGAGGCCGAAACCAGGAGCUGGCGAUGAGGGUGGCCCUGGAGCUCAGAGGCCUCAAGCUGCCGCCCAAGGGUCCCGUCUUCCUGAGCGGCGGCACCGACGGCCAGGACGGACCCACUGACGCCGCGGGGGCGGUGACUGACGGGGGGUUGUUCGAUGAAGCUAACGCUCAGGGCCUGGACAUGAACAGCUUCCUCCAGAACAACGAUUCCUACUCCUUUUUCUCUCGUUUCUCCAGCGGGAAAAAUCUGCUGGUGCCAGGCUUAACCUGCACAAACGUAAUGGAUGUUCACAUGCUAAUUAUUCCAACCGCUCCCAUCACUAUAACAUAGUGCAAUCACACACAAUAAAAUCAUCUAUUAUGUUCAGACUCUUCAAGUACUGUUUUUUUGGGGGGUUGGAAUUCACUUUUUUUAGGUUCAGAACUCCAAACUUCAUUACUGCUGAAAUAAUAAUAAUAAUAAUAAUAAAUGAAUAAUAGAAAAAAAAAUCCCCAGUUUUGUUAGGUAUCAUUUUUUUAAUCAAGCAAAGAAGAUUCAUCUUUAAAAUUGCCACUUUGCUUGUUUUGAAUCAUAA